GCAGAAAGAGAGAAAGAAAAACACCGUGCGGCGACGAAGAAGAUUCUCUAAUCUCUCUUCGUGUAAUUUAUCACCUCUUGAUAAUAAAAGGGUCCAUUAGGCGAAGAGUGCUGCGAUUUUCUUCUUCAGGCGGUGUGUAGGAGGAGAACAUAUAUAUAUAUAUACUCUACAGAAUACAGAUGAUGGGUUUCGCGAUAUCAGAUGAGUUUCUGGGCACGUUCGUGCCGAUUGUGGUGUAUUGGGUGUAUUCAGGGAUGUACAUUUGCUUAGGAUCUUUGGAGAGGUAUAGGUUGCAUUCCAAGGUGGACGAGGAUGAGAAGAAUCUCGUUACUAAAUCUGCUGUCGUCAAGGGCGUUCUUCUUCAACAGACUCUUCAGGCUAUCAUCUCCGUUAUUCUCUUCAAGAUAACAGGAAGUGAUGAUGCAGAUGCGUCUACGACGCAGCAAUUCUCCCUUCUACUCCUCGCUAGGCAAUUCAUCAUCGCCAUGCUCGUAAUCGACACUUGGCAAUACUUCAUUCAUCGCUACAUGCACAUCAACAAGUUCUUAUACAAACACAUCCACUCUCAACACCAUCGCCUCAUCGUGCCUUAUUCGUAUGGAGCUUUAUACAACCAUCCUUUAGAAGGCCUUCUCUUAGACACCAUUGGUGGUGCUUUGUCUUUCCUCUUCUCUGGUAUGUCUCCAAGAACUGCCAUCUUUUUCUUCUCCUUCGCUACCAUCAAGACGGUAGAUGAUCACUGUGGACUAUGGCUCCCCGGAAACCCCUUUCACAUCUUCUUUAGUAAUAACUCUGCUUACCAUGAUGUUCAUCAUCAACUCUAUGGGAGUAAAUAUAAUUUCUCGCAGCCGUUCUUUGUCAUGUGGGAUAGGAUUCUUGGUACUUACUUACCUUAUUCACUUGAGAAGAGAGCCACUGGUGGGUUUGAGACACGGCCAAUCAAAGUAUCCAAAGAUGAGUAACUUUUCUUUUUUGUUGAGUUUCUUUAUAAUCACUGCUACGUUACUUCAUCAUUUGUUCGCUAGAGAACCUCUGUGUACUUGUAACUGUGUACAUACAAUUCCAGUCUCUCCUUUUCGAUCUGCGGAUAUAUGUUUUCUGUGUAAGCUAGCAGUUAAUUCAUCUUGUUAUAUUCGAAAAUACCAGAUAUUCUCUAUUGGAUCUGCUUACUGUUUCAGAUUAUGAGGGUCUCAUUUAUC